AUGACCGUCAGCCAUCGCAAAAACAAACCGACAUCCAAAACCGAAGAUGGAUCCGCCUCCACCACCGCCGCUGCCGAACCUGGCGUUCGAUAUCACUGCGAUGCAUGCGGAGCCGAUAUAACCCUCACCGUCCGCAUCCGAUGCGCUGGAGGAUGUGCAGAUUUCGACCUCUGUGCCUCAUGUUUCUGCUCUGGAGCUCAACCUAGCAAGCAUAAAGCAUGGCACGAUUAUCGUGUGGUAGAACAGCAUAGCUAUCCCAUCUUCUGCGAUGAUUGGGGAGCAGAUGAAGAGUUGUUGCUCAUCGAUGGUUGUCAGACGUACGGCUUGGGCAAUUGGGCUGAUAUUGCAGAUCAUAUUGGCAAUAGGACCAAAGAGGAGGUUCAAGAGCAUUAUAUCAAAGUUUAUGUCGAGGGCAAGGAUGGAGAUCAACGUGGAGAGCAGAGAGCGGAACAAGCUAUCCAGAGAUAUUCAAGCCUUGCAAAGCCGAUAUUUGAUCCUUUGGUAGAUGGGCAAGGAACGGGGAGUAGGGUUGCAUGUCAGUUGACGACAGAGGAAGCACCAGUGCUUGGGCCGAGUAUGUCGUUUCUUCCUACAAUAUCUCAGGAUGAAUUCCAACGGAGGAAGAGGAGAAGGGUGGAAACGUUGAGAGAGGCACAAGCGUCUUAUUCGCCACCGAAAUCGGCGAAACCGUUGGUUAGUGCUCCGACCAAUCAUAGCGAGUUGGCUGGCUUCAUGCCGGGUAGACUCGAGUUCGAACAUGAGUACGAACAGGAUGCCGAACAUUUGAUAAAGGAUAUCGAGUUCGGAAGGGUGUAUGAUUUUGGUGGUGCGGAUAUGCCUUCUGAAUGGGAAGCGUUGGGCAGUAAAGCAACGCAAGGGCAUGUGAGGAUGGAAGCGUCGGGGAGAGGUGGACCUACGAGCAAGAAGGCGACUCAGACCGCUGAUGAUGAUAAGGAGACGAAUGCGGAUGAAGAUGCUGCUGCUGCUGCUGCUGCUGCUGAGGAACAAGCAACAGCUGCAGAGAAGGAGAAGGAUAAAGACGCAGAACCAGAAGACAAGCCUUUUGACUGGGACGAAGAUCCUACCGAUCUCAACCUCAAGCUUACCGUUAUUGAUAUGUAUAACGAGCGCUUAGAUCGGAGAUUGCGGAGGAAGCAUUUCAUGUUUGAACGCAAUCUCGUCGAUUACCGACGCAACCAAGCUGCGGAGAGAAGACGGCCAAAGGAGGAAAGAGAGUUAUUGUCGAGGACGAAACAUUUUGCUCAGAUGCAAACCGCACUUGACUACGAGGAUUUCUUGAACGGCUUAUGCUACGAAGAGGCGUUGAGGAAGGCAGCGGCCCAGUUGCAACAUUAUCGAAAGAUGGGCAUUUUGACGUUGGAAGAUGCGGGUUGUUAUGAGAGGGAGAAAGCGGAAAGGGCGAGGAAGGCGGAGGAAUUGGCUGCCGGUGGAUUGGUUGCUUUCCCAGCUUCAGGUGCUGCUGCCACUCCGAUUGCUGCUUCUGCUAGACCUCGGAUCGAUGCUGCGAGGGCGAGACAGAGAGAUACGAGCACGCCUACUCCGAUGGAUGAGAGUUUGGCUUCCGCGAGUGCCACUCCUGCAACUGCUGCUGGUGCAGCCACUUCUGCAGCACCCUUCGCUAACGGCAAAGACAGCAAGAAGGACAAAGAUCCUACUUCCACUAAGGACUCGAAAGACUCGAAAUCCAAAAAGGGUGGCCCGAGCUCAGAGGAACUCAAAACACCACGCAAACCACCGCAACCACUCAACCUUGCCUCUGCACCCUCCCUUAACCUUCUCACCCCCGCCGAAGCACAGCUUUGUUCGGCACUCCGUAUCCUGCCUCAGCCAUUCUUGCUGAUCAAAUCGACCCUCAUCGCUGAGUUUAUCGCAAGAGGCGGGAAAUUGACGAGGAGAGAGUGUAGAACGUUGGUCAAGAUCGAUGUGAACAAGUUGGGCAAAGUAUGGGAUUUUUUUAACGAGAUGGGUUACUUUGAUGCUGCCAAAGAAGCUGGUUGGACCGGAGGAGUGGGUAGUCCACCAACAAGUAAAGAUAGAGAGGUGAAGAAACCGGAUUGGUUGGAUGGAAGUAUGGCUAUGAGUGCUAGUUAUUCUUUUGCUCCAACUUCGAAUGGGGUAAGCGGGGGGAAGGAGGGGAGUGGUAGUGGUGCAGUGGUGAACGGUGGGGGAGGCGGAUUGUUUGGCAAAGCGUUUACGAACGGGAGUGGGAAUGGGCGAGGAUUAUUCGAUCUUGCUCAUUCGAAUAAUGCGGGCGGAGUAACGUCGGCUCAACAGCAGCAGGCGUUGUUGAAUCAUAAUGGGAGGGGAGCACCACUUGUUUCGUCUUCGCCGACGGGUUUGGGGAAUGGUGUGAAUGGGAGCAGUAACACCAGUGGGAGCACAGGUGCGGGUGGUAGUGGUGAUGGUGGAUCUCAAAGUCCGAGGAAGAGUGAGGGGUAUAGGCCUACCGCUGCUGUCUAA